AUGGCAGACGAACAAGUGUCACUCACUUCCCUAAUCUUCAUAAUCGUCCUUGGCGGCCUCAUCAUUCGAUAUCUAUUCUUUUCAUCGCCAGCCCAACCCUCGCGACCACUCCGAGAUGCUCAGGCGGUAUCACGCGCUAGAGAGGCCGCAGUAGAAAGGAUACAACAAAUUUUUGGACCAGAUCGAGUCGAUCGGAGAACUAUAUUGUGGGAUUUGCAUCGCAAUGGGGGAAACAUAGCGGCAACUACGGAACGAAUAUUAGCAGGACGCAUAGAGACCCCCCCUAUCACAUUCCAACCGCCACCUCCUCCGACUUCUCCCAACCCCUCGGCGACACUGACGCAACCCUUCAAAGCGCCUCCAAAGCCUGCCGAGCCAGAUUUGAUUACUAGAUAUAAAUUACAGGAUAAAGUUAGUACUGGCAGCGAACCCGAAUCCUCGACGAAACCUAAGGCGUGGAGCUCCAACCGGAAUGAGCGACAGGCAUCACUACAACGAAGGCGAGACGAGAUGAUUUUAGCGGCAAGAAGGAAAAUGGAAGCCAAAAUCGCAGCAGAGAAAUCUACCGGAAACACCCAGCAAUAA